AUGCCAGCGACGCCCGCUCGCCACGCAGACGCUCGGUGCAUGCGCGACCCAAUGCCAGCGAACGCGACGCCCGAAGAUGGGGCCAACGACGAGACCGCCUCGAUCGCCUCGUCGCGGCGCUCGUCAGCGUCAUCGAUCAAGUCGGCGUCGUCGUACCGCUCAAGCGCUAGCACUAGCUCGUCCAUGUCCAAGCGCACGACGUCGUCCUCGAUUUCGCGGAGCUCCCUUUCCACGGUGGCGUCGAUCCACGAGCUCGAAGCCCGCAAGCUCGACAUUGAAGCGCAGUUGCAGGAGGUGGAGGCCGCGUUGAAGCUCAAGGCCGACAAAACCAAAGGUGUCUACAAGCCCAACCGACCAUUCGCGCUCCUGCCGCGGUCGGCGUCGGGCUCGCUCCGAUCGACGCACCGAUGA